CAUCUGUUGGUUGUGUGUGAAGUAAGAAGCGUGAAGCAGUGAGUAAGUUGACUGAAGACUAACAAGACAGUUGUCCUGCUCAUUACAGAAUACGGAAGAAGUUGAUCAAUAUUUUUGUGGGAUGUGUGUGAGGAGAGUGGUGGAGGUUGUGGGCGUGGUGUGGGCACUGACUGUGCUACUUGGGUAUGAAGUUACCCCCACAUGGUCCUUCAACCUGGACACUAAAGCCAGUUACGUCAUGUGGGAACCAGCUUCCAGGAGUCAGAACAGGCACUCAUAUUUUGGGUAUUCCAUCGCCCUCUAUGCUUCACGGGGCGCUGCAUGGGCAUUGGUUGGGGCACCUAGGGCUAAUAAUACCCAGUGGUCAUUCAGCUCCAGUGAGAUACCUGAGCCUGGAGCUUUAUAUGCCUGCUCUCUCAGUGAUUCAGAGGCUCUUAAAUGUAACCAGAUUCUCGUGGAUCCCACAGGCAACGAUAACACAAAUGUGCCGUUAAGUUACAAAGAUAUGAAGAACUAUGGCUGGCUGGGAGGCUCUCUUGACUUACUUCAACAGGAUGUUACCGAACCAAUAGUCGUGACUUGUAGUCCACGAUGGAAGAACCAGAUCAUAAAUCAAGACUACUACAUGAACGGUGCUUGUUACUGGGCAUCCGUCACACAGCUGUUGGAUUCUAGUUUCUCCUCUGAUUCCUGGAACAAGGUUAUCCCUCUCGUCGACAUCAACCUGCAGCUAUUAUAUGAUCCUGCGACUGGUUACUCUGUUUAUUACUACCAGUUGGGACAAGCUGGACUCUCUGCUCAUGUAAUGAAGGAUAAUCAAGGCAUUGUGCUUGGUGCUCCUGGUGUUAAAACUUGGGCUGGGACGGUGGCAACAGUGCAAAAAUUUGUCGACUGGAACAUCGUGGAUUCACGUUUCCGGCGCUUGAAACGGUCCAACACAUACCAGACCAAGACUAAUGUCUAUACACCUUACACUCAACUCCAGCAAUACGAUUAUUUUGGGUACAGCUUGACCUCUGGCAGGUUUUGGGGUGAGUCUUACCUCAUCGUAGCUGGAGCACCACGAGCUGAUACCCACGGCAAGGUAUACAUAUUCAGAACAACGGAAGACCUGCAGUUGGUGAUAGAAUGGGUGGGAAAGGGUAGCCAGCUUGGCUGUGGAUAUGGGCAUGCAGUUGCUGCUGAUGAUGUGACUGGAGAUGGCUGGAGUGAACUUUUUGUGGGGGCACCGAUGUACUCCUCCAGUGUGGCUGAUACAGGAAGUAGCGCGGAAGUAUGGGACGCUGGCGCAGUGGAGGUGUACAGAAGUGGGAGCGCGAGUAAGAGUGGCCUGAGCAUGGUAGCCAGGCUCCAGGGAUCACUAGCUACGCCUGGAGCUAGGUUUGGCUCGGCUAUUAGUGUUAUCGGAGAUUUGGAUCGAGACGGUUUCAAUGAUGUUGCUGUGGGCGCGCCUUACGAAGACGAUGGCCGAGGUGUUGUUUAUAUUUUCAGGGGGAGUGCUAACGGCCUCAUGACCAAGUAUGCCCAGAGGAUUCUCGCAAGGGACCUCCACCAAGACCUGAGAAGCUUCGGAAUCUCCAUCUCAAGAGGCGUCGACGUGGACACGAAUGGUUAUGUAGACGUGGGCGUUGGAGCGUACGGAAGUGAAGGAGAAAAGUACUUAGACGGCGUUGGUGCAGCUGCCGUGCUUCGAACACGAAGUGUGGCCACUUUAUCUUCGCGAGUGACAUCUAAAGUGGCAGUGAUUACUGAUCCCACAGCGGAAGUGGAGGUGGAUCUGUGUCUGGCCUAUAAUGGUGAUGGAGUUCAGUGGCGAGUUGAUAUGGAGGUGGAGGGAUCUGUGGACGAAGAAACGAAAGUGACCCCCAAAGCGAUCUUCGUGAUCUCAGGCACCAGCCAGCUGACCUCAAACUUGACCCUCCAAAAGGAUGUUGAGACAUGUACGACAUUCAAAUUAAGAUUAAAGGAUAACCUGGACGACUUUGAGCGACCUUUGUACGUGACCUUCACCUCACAUUCACAGGAUUUUGAUCCAGGAAGGCCAUGGUGUGCCGAGUGUUCUGUCUUAUCCCCGGAGUCAACUACCAUGGUCAAGAUGUCCCUGCCUCUGGCUCUGGGAUGUGGCACUGAUGGUAGAUGCACCCCCACACUCAGCCUCCAAGCUGACUGGACCUCAGGACUGUCGUCAGGACGAUACAUUGUCAGCAGCAUGGAACUCCUCAUUUUACGGAUUCAGGUGAAGGUGACAGGCGAGCCAGCAUACCAGGGACUGGUGCAGGUGACCCUUCCCCCUGGCAUGAGCCUCAGGACCCUUCCCUUCGCUUGUUUUGUCUCUACCUCCACUACUGUCGCCUGUGAGCUACAGAAUCCCUUGUACGAGACUGAGGAGACGCUGGAGGUGAUGCUUCAGGAAGAGGAAGAAGAAGAGUAUACAGGACUCAGAGAAAUUAUGGGAAAAAAAGCUGAGUCAGUGGAUGUGGAGAUAGAAUUGAAUGCCAACGGUGCUGCCUCACAGAUGUUGAACGUACCUCUCCACCUCACGUAUGAUGUUCAACUGAAACUUGAAGGGUAUGGUGAUGUGGAUUACGUCUACUAUGACUCAAACUUGACCUCACCGACAGUCACCCCUGAAGUUAUCUUCAAGGUAUCUCCUGAAGGAGGAAUUAAUUUGUGUCGAGCGGGCGUUCCCUGGCAACCAUACAGGUGGCGUGGGAGAGAUUGUGUGUACGUGGCGGUCUCCACCUGGCUCCCAGAGUGCAUCUUACUCUACUGGUAUAAUCUUAAAAUGCUAAUUGCACGAUAUGGUCCCAACACCACUGUCGCUAUAAAUACCUGGGCUACCCUCAGGAACAGUUUCAACAGUGAUCUCUCCACCACCUUGAGCACUGAUACAUGGGUGAGUCUGGUACCCAGGGGAUGGGUUGCUCCAUCUCCCCCACCCAAAGAAGCACCUUUUUGGGUAUAUACUGUUGGGGUGGUUGUAGGUGUGGCAGUCAUGGUCAUCAUCAUCCUCGUUCUUAUAAAGAUAGGGUUCUUCCGUCGCAAGAAACUGGCGAAAGAGACAACGUCCAAUCUCGCAAAUGAGGACCUGGAGAUCAUAGAUUCAGGAGACCUUCCUCUCGCUGACGAUGUUCUUGAAGAAGAGGAACACCCGUUGACAAAUGCUUCUGAGAGCUUCAUCAAUUUAAGAACUUUCAGCGACACAGAUGGUUCAAACGGCCUUAGCGAUGAACACGUCACUACUCAAGAUAAUGCUCAGUAG